CAGUUAGAAGAUACAAGACUAGUGUGUGCUGCUCAAUCACAUCCUCUCUAUUGUUACAGUUCAUUGGUAGUUUAUCUGAGUAAAACAAACACGUGCAGAGGUCAUACAGAAUGUGCUAUGAAUUUAAUGUGAUACAUUGGUCUUCAUACCGCAUGCUGUUUACGUGCACGUUUACUGUGCGUUUUAAUAACUACUUAUAUAAGUUAAGAAAAGAAAGUUCUGAACACACAUUAUAAAUUAAAGUUGAAACAAACUUAUUAUAAGACAUUGCUAGAAUCGCCAAUUUUGUGGAUUUUUGCGAAUAAUUGUGUGAAACUAAGACGGACUUACGAAGAAAAGCUUGAAUCGCUUAUAUUUCCGUAAAUUUCCUCGAGGAAUACACCAGCUCUAACCAGUGCACGUUAACGGGAUAUUUAAACAAGCACCUAUCGGUAUUCGCUCCUGGUACAUCUCUUGUUUGGACGUUUUCCAUACACGUCAGACGUGACGUCAUCAAUGGCUAUCCUGCGGACUCUAUGGACCCUACGCACUGUUCUGGUCAUAGUGCUGACCCCUGUCCUGCUUUCGCCACUUCUUGUGUACGGCUCAAAGCAAGGCGCAGCGGGGUUCUGUCUUCUCCUUAUGGCAAUCUACUGGCUCACUGAGGCGUUCCCUAUCGCUAUCACGGCGCUACUUCCGGUACUGCUGUUUCCAGUCACCGGCAUCAUGACGGGAAAACAGGUGUCCGCAACGUAUAUAAACGACUCUUCUAUGCUGUUUGUUGGCGGCCUGAUCAUGGCGGUGGCUAUCGAGCAUUGGAACAUACACAAGAGGAUCGCACUGAAGAUACUCAUGGUCAUUGGUACUGAGCCAAACAGGCUGAUGCUGGGGAUGAUGCUGCCCGCCUGGUUCCUCUCCAUGUGGACCAGUAACAUAGCAACCAGCGCCAUGAUGAUGCCCAUCGCUGACGCCCUGCUUCACGAGUUGCAGAAGGGAGAGUGCGAGCUCGAUGCGAAUGAACAUGAUAAUGCAUGUGCAUCUGAUUCCAAUGGUUAUGGCGCAUGCGCUGAAAGAGAAUUGAAUAAAGCGGACGAACCCUUUCACGCCUCAAACCAUUUGUCAAUGACAGAAAGUCAGGUGAACAGCGAACUUGGUAGUGAUUCAAGAGAAGUCACCGAACCGUGCAAAGAAAAAGCGCCUUCUCGGGAGCACCUUCAGAUGGCCAAGGCGCUUACAAUCAGCAUCGCCUACUCCGCCAGCAUAGGGGGCACCACCACCCUCACCGGAUGUGCCUCCAAUAUCAUCCUCAAAGGCAUGGCGGAUCAGAUAUUCAAGGAGAAAAGGUUGGACUCCGGCCUGUCAUUCGGCACGUGGCUUGUGAUCGGUUUCCCCGUGUCUCUCAUCAUCUUCAUCGCCAUGUUCCUCUGGCUCAUCUUCUACUUCCGUGGAUGCAGCUGCUUUACUAAAACUGGAAAAACGUCCGGAAAACUUCGGCACUUUAUCAAACAAGAGUAUAUAUCUCUGGGUCCAAUCCGAUUUCCCGAGGUGAUGGUGAUCUCCCUUUUCCUGCUCCUGGUUGUACUGUGGGUAUCACGUGACCUGGGCGGGGCCGGUGGGUGGGGUAACCUCUUCAAAUCAGAUUACGUGACGGACUCGGCUGCCCCGACCCUGGUGGCUGCUCUGCUCUUCCUUAUACCCGCCAAUCUGCUCGACUUCUUAAAAACAAAGGGUCGGCCGGUGGCGGUGAAGCCGCUACUCACGUGGCGUGCAGUGAACGACAAGGUUCCCUGGGGGCUCUUCCUGCUGUUCGGUGGAGGAUUCGCACUCGCUCAGGCUUGCAAGGUUUCAGGGUUGUCCGAGUCCAUCCGCGACGCGCUGACGGUGUUUCAGGAACUUCCGGUGUGGCUCACCAGCUUCCUGGUGGCUCUGAUAACGUCGAUGAUAACGGAAGUGGUCACCAACACCGCCACGUGCACGCUCGUGCUGCCCAUCAUAUCACAACUGGCGUUGGGCAUAGGCGUCAACCCACUCUAUCUCAUGAUACCCACGGCUGUGGCGACGUCAUACGCGUUCAUGUUGCCAGUAGCAACGCCUCCUAACGCCAUGGUCUACUCCAUGGGCUAUUUCUCUAUCAGCGAGAUGAUGCGCUGUGGAUUCAUCCUGAACCUCGUAUCAGUCCUGGUUCUCACACUGGGAGUAAACACGUGGGGAGCACAGUACUUCCGGUUGGCACAUCUUCCCGCGGAAUUCAUCACAACAACAACAACAACAACCGGAUAUGUAUCGACGAUGUCCGACUUUUAAUUCUUCGGUCGGAUUUUGAGGACUUAUUAUAGUUGGACACUGAUCUACUGCUGAUAUUAUGUUUUCAAAUCGGAAAUGUUCGCCCGUAACAUGUUACAUAUUCACUAUGAUACUCAGUAUCCAUGUUGACUUUAAACCCAAACCGCCCCAGUCUAAAGUGAUCCCCCCCCCCCCUAAAAAAAGAAGAGAAAGAACCGGCCCCGAUUUACAUUAUGUAUUAUUCAUGUGACCAUGUUUGUUCUAUUAAAAGAUCUAUCAUGUUAA